AUGUCCUCCUCUUCAGCUGCCUUUUCAUCGGACCACCUCUCUUCCUCCGAACAGCUUUGUUAUGUCCAUUGCAACUUCUGUGACACUGUCCUAGCGGUGAGUGUACCUUGCACCAGCUUGUUCAAGAAUGUUACAGUUCGAUGCGGUCACUGCACCAACCUUUUGUCUGUGAACAUGCGUGGCCUACUUCCUGCAGCUAAUCAAUUUUACCUUGGUCAUGGUUUCUUCAAUCCUCAGAAUAUCCUGGAGGAGAUCAGGAGUGGAGCACCACCAAAUUUGCUGAUCAACCAGCCAAAUCCAAAUGAAUCUGUUAUGCCAAUUCGAGGAGUUGAAGAGAUCCCUAAACCACCCGUGGUUAACAGACCUCCAGAAAAGAGACAAAGAGUCCCAUCUGCCUACAACCGCUUUAUCAAGGACGAGAUCCAACGUAUCAAAGCUGCAAACCCUGAUAUAAGUCACAGAGAAGCAUUUAGUGCAGCUGCCAAGAAUUGGGCCCAUUUUCCAAAUAUCCAUUUCGGACUUAUGCCUGAUCAACCCGUGAAGAAAACUAACGUGCGCCAACAGGAAGGAGAGGACGUGCUCAUGAAAGAUGGGUUUUUUGCUUCUGCCAAUGUGGGUGUCACUCCUUACUAG